GUCCAUCACAUCAUCAUCAUCCUCGUAACUUCUCCACUAUUCGAAAUUACAUAUACAGUUUCUGAUGACGUCGCCAGCGAUUGAUCAAGAGAACGUCGCUCCUAUGGAGGGAGUCAACACGUCGGUGAGCGAGAAGAAGAAACCUGCAGCGAAGGGAGGCAAGACGAAGAAAGCUAAGGAAGUGAAGGUGAAGGAGAAGAAGAAGACUGUGAAGAAAGCUGUCUCAACUCAUCCUACUUACGAAGAGAUGAUCAAAGAUGCGAUCGUUACGCUGAAGGAGAGAACCGGAUCGAGCCAAUACGCGAUUCAGAAGUUCAUCGAGGAGAAGCAUAAGGUGCUCUCGCCUUCGUUCAGGAAGCUGCUGCUUCUCAAUCUGAAGAGACUCGUCGCUUCCGAGAAGCUUGUCAAGGUCAAGGCCUCGUUUAAGAUUCCGUCGGCUAAACCAUCAUCAUCCCCCAAAGCGGCGGCUGCUACAUCUGCUCCGGUGAAGAAGAAGAAGAAACCUACCACUGCCGCGGCGACUUCCAAGCCGAAGGGGAAGAAGGUAACCGCAGCUUCCAAAUCCAAGGGAGCUAAGGUGUCUAAGAAACCAACUGCUCGUAAGGCCACUGUUGCGCUCACGAAGAAAGCUGUUAAGGCUGAGCAGAGACCAGCCAAGGCAGCGAAAACAUCAUCGAAGGUAACAUCUCCGGGGAAAAAGGCUCUUCCUGCUAAGAAGAGUGUGAAGCCAAAGACGGUGAAGUCUCCAGUGAAGAGGGCUUCAAGGAAGGCCAAGAAGUGAAAUUAGGGCUUAGUGUUGACGAUCUUGGUAGUAGCUUACUCUCUAGGCGUUAAUCUUGUAUAUCUUUGCUUUAUCUCUAUUUAAAGUUCUCGUGGUUUCAUAUAUAAAUAGCUAAAUCCUUUUCAAGAA